UUCUAAAUCAAUAAAUAAAUUGGAAUAAAAGUUUACUAUUCUCCAAAAUCUUCUUUAUUCUCUACUAAAUGUAACAUCAAUCGCUUAAAAAUAUGUUAUAUACCAUAGUCAUACAGAAAUUAUACUAAUCUUUUGUGGAUGACUAUGGUAUCUAACAUAUUUGGCCUGUAAGUAAGUAAAUAGACUACUUCCGAAUAUCUGUAUCUGAAACAAUAAAAACAAGUAUACCUAUCAAAGUCAAGGUUGUACAUUGAUAUAGAAACUGUUCGGAAUCCCAUCUAUUACUACCAAACCUCCACACUUUUGACCUUCCAAACAGAUGUUCUGCUCUUGUGUUUCUUAACACAGCACUAGAAACUUGCAGCCAAUGGUGUGGCAUAUAAAUGCGCCACCUGAGGGGUUUAGACUUAUUAAGUGCUAGACCAUUUAGACAAUAUCAACUAUGAAGUACUUUGUGAUCUGUGCCCUGGCUGCCAUCCUUCUUUUCCAGUCCGCAUCGGCAUUCAAGCGGCGAGUGAUCUUUGUGGUACCAUCCCCCACCACAUCCACAACGGAAGCCACGUCCUCCAGUUCCUCAACGGAAGCAUCAUCUGCCACGUCCAGCACGAGCACCACUACUGCAGCUCCUACCGUGGUUUACAAGGUGGUCUACUGUUCCUGGAAGAACAACUGGUGUCGUCCUGCCUCGAACACCGUGAGGAAUUGCAAGUGGGGACUCUGCAAGUUCAAUGGAUAA